AUGCCGCUCCACCUCCUCGGCAAGAAAUCGUGGAACGUCUAUAAUCCCGCAAACAUCGCACGCGUACAGCGCGACGAGGCCGAGGCCCAGAAGCAAGAGCAAGAGCAAGAACGCCGCCAUAGACAAGAUGAAGCAGCAGACAGAAUAGCCGCGUUGCGAGGAGAGAGAGAACAUGCUGAACGAGACUCAGCAUCGCCAAAGCGAGACUUGGACCACCGCGACUACCAAGAGUCUGCGAAACACCGAGCAUCGAAGAAACGCAAAUUUCCAGGUGAAGAUGAUACCGAUCGAGACAUCCGGCUUGCUCAGGCACAAGUGCAGAACUUGCCGAGCACAUCUCUCUCAAAGGAUCAUUCUCCAUGUAAUAUUGCGAAGUCUCGAAACCACUCUAUCACCGAUUCCGACGGCCACAUCUCAUUAUUCCCCGUCCCAGAGCAACCAGACCGACCUCGACGUAAAACCCUACCGCCUGGCGAAAACCCAUCGCACUUCUACCUCUCCGACGCAGCUGCCUAUGGCCGGAAAGCAAGCGAUGCUCCGUGGUACAGCCUCGCGAACAAGAACACCCCAUCCCUGCCCUCCAGGGAGCCAUGGGGCUUGACAUCGCCGCGAGGUCAACAACGCCAAGCAGCCCGCGCCUCGGCAAACGACCCUCUCGCGAUCAUGAAGCAAGGCGUUAAAAGGCUUCGUGAAUCAGAGCAACAACGCAAAGAGUGGAAAGAGCAGCGGGAGCGUGAUUUGCGAGAGGUCGAGGACUUAGCACGGCAGAAGCGGAAGAAACGGUCCGGAGGUCGGCAGAGAGACGUUGAGAAGCGGCCCUCUCGUAAACACCGAGCCUAUGAAGAGAGACAUUCAGGCUCCGAUGCUGGUAAAGCCAAUGAUGAUGACACGGAAAGCCUCGACGGAUUCAACCUUGACGAAGGGUAUACGAAGCAUCCUGGGAAGGACGGCCACCGCCGACGCAGCCAUCGCCGGAGCGAUUCCCAUCAUACUCGGGACUCUCACCAUCACCGUCGGCGCCGGUCACGUUCAAGGUCUCGUUCGCGUUCUCCAAGGAGAAAUUGA